AUGCUAGUUAUCAAGCUCAGAUCCUUCAUUCUCUUUCUUCUUCUCACUCUAUCAACUCUCUUCCUUCUUCACCCAACAACCUAUGCAUUCAACCAAAACCAACCUAUCAAAACCAUUGUUGUUUUGGUCAUGGAGAAUCGUUCCUUUGAUCACAUGUUGGGUUGGAUGAAAAAGGCUAUCAACCCUUUCAUCGACGGUGUCAAUGGAGAUGAAUGCAACCCUGUUUCAGCUGAAGCCUCAAAAAAAGACACAAUAUGUUUCAGUGAUGAUGCAGAGUUUGUGGAUCCGGAUCCGGGUCAUUCAUUUGAGGAUGUUUUGAAACAGGUAUUUGGUAAUGGUAAUGGUUCAAUUCCUUCCAUGAAUGGUUUUGUGGAACAAGCAUUGUCUGUGUCACAGAAUCUCUCUGAGACUGUGAUGAAAGGGUUUAAACCGAAAUCUGUUCCGGUUUAUGCUGCUUUGGUUAAGGAAUUUGCGGUUUUUGAUAGGUGGUUUAGUUCGAUUCCCGGUCCAACGCAACCCAAUAGGCUUUUUGUGUACUCUGCAACUUCUCAUGGUUCAACUAGUCAUGUUAAGAGACAAUUAGCAAUAGGGUAUCCUCAGAAAACCAUCUUUGACUCUAUGCAUGAGAAUGGUUUGGAUUUUGGGAUUUAUUUUGAGAACAUACCCACUACUUUUUUCUAUAGAAAUCUAAGGAAGUUGAAAUAUAUAUCAAAAUUUCAUCGGUAUGAUUCUAAGUUCAAGAAAGAUGCUGGAAAUGGGAAGCUUCCGUCAUUGACGGUGAUUGAACCGAGGUACUUCGACUUGACGGGUUCGUCUGCGAAUGACGAUCACCCUUCUCAUGAUGUUGCGAAUGGACAAAUGUUGGUUAAGGAGGUUUAUGAGACUCUGAGAGCAAGUCCGCAAUGGAAUGAAACUCUUUUGGUUAUUACAUAUGAUGAGCAUGGAGGAUUUUUUGAUCAUGUCAAGACUCCUUUUGUUAACAUUCCUAACCCAGAUGGGAACACAGGACCUGCUCCUUAUUUCUUUAAGUUUGAUCGGUUAGGUGUUCGGGUGCCGACUAUUAUGGUCUCUCCUUGGAUCAAGAAAGGGAUUGUGGUAAGAAGCCCCAAAGGACCAGCUGAGAACUCUGAGUUUGAGCACUCGUCAAUUCCCGCCACCAUAAAGAAGAUGUUCAACCUUUCCUCUAACUUUUUGACUCACAGAGAUGCGUGGGCUGGGACAUUCGAGGAUGUUGUUGGGGAGGUAACUUCGCCCAGAACAGAUUGUCCAGUGACUUUGCCGGAUGUGACGCCUUUAAGGAGCACUGAAGCGAAAGAAAAUGGAAGCCUCUCUGAGUUUCAGAGUGAGGUGGUUCAGUUGGCAGCUGUUCUAAAUGGAGACCACUUCUUGAGCAGUUUCCCGGACGAAAUGAGUAAGAAAAUGAGUGUGAAGGAAGCUCAUGACUAUGUGACAGGAGCUGUUUCGAGAUUCAUAAGAGCUAGCAAAGAGGCUAUCAAGUUGGGGGCUGAUGAGUCUGCUAUUGUAGAUAUGAGAUCCUCUCUCACUACUAGAUCUUCUAGUCACAAUUAA